GCGGCUCCGGGCCGGUCGGUGCCGGCGGGGCCCGGCGAUGGCGCGCAGCGGGAGGGCGCUGGCCGCGGGGCUCGGCGCCGCCGGCAGGCACUUGGCUUCCUGUGGUAUUCUGAUGACAAGAAUUUCUUCUUUGCAAGUACCUGUAAUGAGCCAUGCCUUUUCAAGAAGUUUCUUCAACAUUGCUGCACCACUAGUAAAUAAAAGAAAAGAAUAUUCGGAAAGAAGAAUUAUAGGAUAUUCUAUGCAGGAAAUGUAUGCAGUUGUUGCUGUUGUGGAAGAUUACAAACUAUUUGUGCCAUGGUGUAAGAAGUCAGAUAUAUUAUCAAAGCGCUCUGGAUACUGCAAGGCACAGCUAGAAAUAGGAUUCCCUCCUGUUGUAGAAAGGUAUACAUCAGUUGUUACCCUCGUGAGGCCGCAUUUAGUUAAGGCAUCCUGCACAGAUGGAAGACUAUUUAAUCACUUGGAAACAGUGUGGCGUUUCAGCCCAGGUAUCCCUGGCUAUCCAAGGACAUGUACAUUGGAUUUUUCAAUUUCUUUUGAAUUUCGUUCACUUCUACACUCACAACUUGCUACGCUGUUUUUUGAUGAAGUAGUCAAGCAGAUGGUCACUGCCUUUGAAAGAAGAGCAUCCAAACUCCAUGGCCCAGAAACAAGCAUACCUCAGGAGUUAAUGCUUCAUGAAGUUCAUCAAACGUAACGGGGAAAAAUUCAACAACCUCCAUUAUAAACUUGUUUGUACACUCUGUACAAGAGGUGGCAUGCUCCUUUUUGGGGCAUCGAUUUCCUAUCUGAGCUUUUUAUGUAAUUUUAUACUGUACAAAACACGCACAUGUUCAGCUAGAUCAAUGUAGUCUAUUCAAGCUGCUAUCAAGUGCAAUUCAAAGUGUUAUCAGUAACAGACAAUUGGCAUCUACUGUAACACAAGAUAACUCAGGCUGCCGUUUAUUAACCUGCCAAACGGUUUCUGUAAUCACACUGUAAGCUCUACCUUAUAAAACAAGCUAAUGUUUUUCAGUGUUGUAAUAUAUUAACUCAAAUUUAAGUUAUUAGUAGCAUGAAUGUAACUUACCAGCAUUACCUCAGUCAACUGGCCAAGUUAAGGGAGAUUCUGACAUUUUAGCCUUAGGGAGUUGAGUACAGUGUGUCCAACAUCAACUAGCAGCUGCUUUUGAUCCAAAUCAGUGACAAGGAUUAAGUCAGGAGUCUCCAACUGCUGUUGAAUUCUGACCAGCAACUGUUAUAGAAAAAAAAAAAAAGCAGCCUUAACACUGAGUUUUCAUAACAGGUACAUGUAGUGCCAAGUAGCCAAGUACAGCAGUUUCAGCUAUAUCCGGUGGUUCUUAGCUGUCUGGGCUCCAGACACUGAUGUAUUUAUAGUACGUUUGGCAGGCUGAAUUUGCCUACCUGCUCCUGUUUCACUGUUAGGCAUUGUAUUGAGGUUAUGCUAGAUAAAUCCCAGCUAAUGCAAACAUAGUUCCCAGUUCAAAACACAGUAAACAAAUGUCACUUCAGCAAGAAUGAGGGCAUGGAGGCAUCAUCUUUUGUAUCGUAUUGCAGUGGAAGGAGGGAAUGAGCUGUCCUCCAUUUAACACAGCAUAAAUACAUCCAAGGCCACUUGUCAUUCAGUAAUGCACAAUACAGAGCUAAACCUUAGUUGUCUCCUUUCAGUACCUAACUUCCAUUUAAGUAUCGGUGUAGUGAGAUGGUACCAGCUAUCUUAAGCUCAUUUGCAGUAGUUCUAUUCCUUAGAUUAGUACUCUUCCCAGUCUCCAAAGAAACCUAAGUGCAUAGGUUAGAAUAAAUUUAGUAUCCUCUCUACACACCUUCUUAAAUUACAGGUCAUGACUGAAUUAGGUGCAGCUUCAGGUGUAUUUCAUAGCUGAAGCUAGUCUGCUCUUCCAAAGCAUCUGUAUUGAUGUGGUUACUACAGAUAGGUGGCAAUGUACUACAUAACAUAGUAAGUUUCAGGAUAUAGACUGCCCUGCAGCAGUCUCACAGCAUUUACACAUUUUUCCAGAAAAAGCAAUUAAAAAUUCAUACAGGGUGUGUGAGAUGGUUCUUAGUUGUAGACAGUUGGGGAAAGUCACAGCUGGAUUAAGAGGUCAGUUUUAAAGCACCUAGGAAGUUG